CUCGCUCUCCUCUCCUCCCUCCCAACCAUCCUCCUACUACCGGCGGCGGAGACGACGGCGACAUGGUGCAGCGUCUGACCUACCGGAAGAGGCACAGCUAUGCCACCAAGUCCAACCAGACGAGGGUCGUCAAGACUCCUGGUGGUAAGCUCGUGUACCAGUACACGAAGAAGAGGGCGAGCGGCCCGAAGUGCCCUGUGACCGGGAAGAAGAUCCAGGGAAUUCCCCACCUGAGGCCUACUGAGUACAAAAGAUCAAGGUUGUCUAGGAACCGCAGGACUGUGAACCGUCCCUAUGGCGGAGUUCUUUCUGGACCUGCAGUUAGAGAAAGGAUCAUCCGUGCUUUCUUGGUCGAGGAGCAGAAGAUUGUGAAGAAG